AUGGCUACAGAAGACGUCAACAAGGCCAACAUCCUCGAGGAGGCUCAAAUCGAAGAGACCAAGGAUGCUCAAGAAUCUGAGGAAGAUUCCGACCCAGGUCCUAUCUUCGAAAAAUGGCGGCCGAUGAUUGAUGCCAUUACUGAUGCCACCAAGGAGGCCUUCCCAGCCAGCCCACCCUUUGACCCCUCUGUGCCUUCGACAUUCCAGACAUACUGGCGAGGGGUCUUUACAAACCUCAAGGAUUCAAUUUUGAAAAACGAAGAGAUUCCUCACUACCUGACUGAGCCGCCCGUUUCUACGUGUUCCGUCACCUUGUUCGACGACAUGCACGUGAUGGGAUGUCCCUGCUGCCAGUCCCCCUCGGAGCCCGCCAUCCAGCUGAAGAACGAAACUGGCGUGACAAAGGAGGAUUUUAUGAAUGCAAUCAUUGACACGAUGUACGGCGAGGAGCUUCCCAAGGUGUUUGUCGAGGCGGACCCCAUGUACCAAAGCGACGACGAGACAGACGACGCUGAUGAUGAUGUCGAGAGUGAAGCUGGAAGUGAGGACGAUGAACCAGAGACAGCGGGUUUCGAGAACGACUCGGGUGUACUUGUGUACACUUAUGGCUGGAUGAGUGCUGGCGGCGGCAAUGAGUGGGGGACGGUCAUGUAUGGGGAUGAACCUGAUAUUAUCUUGUACUGCUGUCCGCCGGCUGAGUUUGAGGAGUUGAAGAAGAAGGUUGAGAAGAGGACGAGCAAGGACGGGGAAGACUCCAAGGAUGAGAAGGAACCUGAAGAACCUAAGGAAGCUAGAGAAUCUAAGCUCUAG